ACCGCCAUGGCCGCAGCGCCGUUCUGGAAGCAUUGGCGGACCACUUUUGAGCGGGUGGAGAAGUUCGUGUCUCCGAUCUACUUCACCGACUGUAACCUCCGCGGCAGGCUCUUCGGGGACAGCUGUCCGGUGACACUGUCCAGUUUCCUAACGCGGGAGAGGCUUCCCUAUGAGGAGGCGGUGCAGAAGAACUUCAGCCCUGCGCAGAUCGGCGACAGCUUCGGACCCACAUGGUGGACCUGCUGGUUCUGGGUAGAACUGGUCAUCCCCGAAGCAUGGGUGGGCCAGGAAGUCCAUCUUUGCUGGGAAAGUGAUGGAGAAAGACUUGUCUGGCGUGAUGGAGAAACCUGUCCAGGUGAGGGUUUGACCAAAGAGGGUGAGAAGACCAGUUAUGUCCUGACCAAUAAUCUGGGGGAAGGAGACCCCCGGAGCUUGACCCUCUACGUGGAAGUGGCCUGCAAUGGGCUUCUGGGGGCCGGGAAGGGAAGCAUGAUUGCAGCCCCUGACCCCGAGAAGAUGUUCCAACUGAGCAAAGCUGAGCUGGCUGUGUUCCAUCGUGAUGUCCACAAGCUCCUGGUGGACCUGGAGCUGCUGCUGGGUGUGGCCAAGGGCCUCGGGGAUGACAACCAGCGCAGUUUCCAGGCCUUGUAUACAGCCAAUCAGAUCGUGAAUGUGUGUGACCCCGCCCAGCCCGAGACCUACUUAGCUGCCAAGGCCCUGGCCUCCAAGUUCUUUGGCCAACAUGGAGGUGAAAGUCAACAUACCAUCCAUGCCAUGGGUCACUGCCACAUCGAUACAGGUAGGACACCAACCACUGGUUGUGUUUGCUGUGUAUCGGAGGCCAUUGCUGAGGGUGCCCUGGGGAACCAGUUCGUGCUGUUCGAUGAUGUACCACUGUACUGGGAUGCGUGGGAUGUCAUGGAUUAUCAUCUAGAGACACGGAAGCCUGUGCAGGGCCAGGCAGGGACCCUGGCGGUAGGCACUGAAGGUGGCCUUCGGGGCAGUGCCUGGUUUCUGCUGCAGAUCAGCCCCACUAGUCGGCUCAGCCAGGAGGUUGUGCUCGACAUUGGUUGCCCCUAUGUCCGCUUCCACACUGAGGUGCACUGGCAUGAGGCCCACAAGUUCCUGAAGGUGGAGUUCCCUGCUCGCGUACGGAGCCCCCAGGCUACCUAUGAGAUCCAGUUUGGGCACCUUCAGAGACCCACCCACUAUAACACCUCUUGGGACUGGGCUCGGUAUGAGGUGUGGGCGCACCGCUGGAUAGAUCUGUCUGAGUGUGGCUUUGGGCUGGCCCUGCUCAACAACUGCAAGUAUGGAGCGUCGGUCCGAGGCAAUGUCCUCAGCCUCUCCCUCUUGCGUGCACCCAAGGCCCCAGAUGUUACUGCUGACAUGGGGCGCCAUGAAUUCACUUACGCCUUGAUGCCACACAAGGGUUCCUUCCAAGAAGCUGGUGUUAUCAAUGCUGCCUACAACCUCAACUUCCUGCUGGCUCUGCCAGCUCCAGGCCCGGCACCUGCCACCACCUGGAGUGCCUUUUCUGUGUCUUCCCCAGCAGUCUUGUUGGAGACCAUCAAGCAGGCAAGGGGCGGGAGAGGCUAGGGAGGUCCCCGGGAUGCGCAGGUUCUUGGCCCCGCCUACCGCCCUGCCUUCCUUUCGCAGGCCGAGAAGAGCGCUCAGCACCGCACGCUGGUUCUAAGGCUGUAUGAGGCCCACG